UAUCCUACUAUAUUUAGACCUUGUAACUGUCUAUAAAUGCAGGAUAAUUUCUGCGCCAUUUAGUUUACGAGGAAAGUUCCUCACAUCUGUUGUUUCCAUAAAGAUAUACGAAGUAUUCAGAAUGAAGACAUUGGCAAUUAUUGUAGCUGUACUAGCUAUCAUAACGAUGGUUUACGGUUUCAACCCCGAGCGAUUAAAAAAAUUGAAAGAUAACAUGGAAAAGUGCAGCAAGGAUUUGGGCGAGUCAUCGUCUCAGCCGCUUAGUGGCAAAGCGCUUCUUUGCGCGUUAACAAAAGAUGGCCAAAUAAUUAAUAAGGACGGCCUGUUCUGGGUAGAGAAUUCUUCCCAAGCACUUCAGGAUUUUAUUUCCGACACGGCCAAAUUGGAACAGGGAAAGAAGAUAUUCAAAGAAUGCUACGACAAAAAUAUGCAAGGCCAAGGUACUAACCAGGAAAAGACGGCGAAACUAGCCAAAUGCACAUUGCCGAUUGUGGCUCUCCUUGGAAGUAUAUAAUAAAAGCAAAUAACUGAUUUUUCCCUGAAUGUGAUAUACACUUUAUACUAUUUCAUGAAUUCUUUGAUAUAAUUUUAUCUGUAUAUCAUUUAGUCUUCACUGAGUUAUAAAUGUUUGUAAUAACAGUUCAAUAAAAUUGCAGUAAAAAACAA